GGGCGCGACGGGGGCGGUGCCGCGCGUGCGCGCGGGCGGAGGGCGCGCGUUCCCCGUGGAGGGCAGGUUACCAGAAUCUAAAUGGCUCUCUGGAAUAGGCAGUUUGGUUUAUCCUUAACCAAUCUAAGCAGCACAGUGAUCCAGCGACACUUCAGUGUCACUGGGGCAUGCCAAGCAAUACAGAAACUCACCCGCGUGCGAGUGGUGGACAACAGCUCCCUGGGGAACACGCCGUACCACCGGCCUCCAAAAUGCAUCCAUGUCUAUAACAAGAGUGGAGUUGGCAAAGUGGGGGAUACGAUCCUUUUGGCCAUCAAAGGAGAAAAGAAGAAGGCCUUAAUUGUAGGGCACAAGAUGCCUGGCCCCACCAUGACGCCUAGAUUUGAUUCCAACAAUGUGGUACUCAUAGAGGACAACGGAAAUCCCGUAGGGACUAGAAUCAAAACACCGAUACCUUACAUCUUGCGACGCAGGGAAGGAGAGUUCUCCAAAGUGUUGGCCAUUGCCCGUAACUUUGUGUGAAAGCCAAGCAAGGGCUCUGGCAAUCUCUGUUCAUAUCCUUUCCUGCAGUAGCUGUUCCUUGGUCCUGGAAGAUGGUGUAAAAGUUGAGGUUCAUAAGAACUCUUUUCC